GGCUUCAGUACUCGGAAACCGAGUUCAGACGGCAAUUGGAACGCACUGAAAAUGACGACGGCCAUGUUGUUGUAGUAGCCGUUCCAAGGAAAGAGAAAGGACCGGAGGCCGAGAAAGCUAAGGAAACCAAGAAACAGAUUCAUAGAAGGUUAUCAUUGGAUAUUAGCAUAAGGGGUCUGUUUUAGUUAAAUUUCUAGUGCGUUUGCUGCAGACGAAGGCAUCAUGAGUGGGGGUACUCCUUACAUCGGCAGCAAGAUCAGCCUCAUCUCGAAGGCCGAGAUUCGCUACGAAGGAAUAUUGUACACUAUUGAUACCGAAAACUCGACUGUCGCACUCGCCAAAGUGCGCUCCUUUGGUACAGAGGAUCGGCCCACUGACAGGCCCAUUGCACCACGCGAUGAAGUCUUUGAGUACAUCAUCUUCCGGGGGAGUGACAUCAAAGACCUCACUGUUUGCGAGCCCCCUAAACCCACAUGCUCUCUUCCUCAGGAUCCUGCAAUUGUCCAGUCUUCAGUUGGAACCAGCACAGCCGCAGCAUCCUUCCAAUCGGUUGGUUCAUACAGCCCAUUUAACCGACCCCCAGUCCCCCCGUACAACCAGUUUAAUCCCAGCCCCAUGGUGACCCAGCAGUUUGGAGCUGUCGGUAUAGGAAGUUCAGUGUCCCCCUUUGGUAGUGGCAUUAGUCCCCCUGCACCCAUGUCCUUGAGCAGUACCCUCUUGUCGUCUUUUCCCCCCGACACACGCACUCUGAAUACAGCCAUAAUGGAAGGUCGCUCCAGCCCCCAGCUCACCCCUCUGAGGAAGAGCCCGACGCUGGAGCAGGCUGUCCAGGCGGGUGCACCUGCAGCCCCCACUUUGCCCGUUGGACGCAGGAGCCCAGCACCUGCUCGGCCUGUGGCCAUGGGCAACCAGAAGCCCCCGGAUAGCCAGGAGCAGAAGAGGGGCCCUGAUGCUCAGAAGGCUUCCAGACUGGACUCGGAGCAAGGCCGCAGUGAAAACAGAGAUGCUGCCACGAGGCAGACUGCUGGCCCUCCUGCUGCCCGCCGGGGACGAGGUGGGGGCCACCGCGGGAGAGGGCGCUUUUCCGUGCGUCGGGACGGGCCCAUGAAGUUUGAGAAGGACUUCGACUUUGAGAGUGCCAACGCCCAGUUCAACAAGGAAGAGAUUGAUCGGGAGUUCCAGAACAAACUGAAACUCAAAGAGGAGAAGCCGGAGAAGGCAGUGAAUGGAGAGGAUAAGGGUGAUUCGGGGGUGGAGACUCAGAACAGUGAAGGCAAUGCUGAAGAAGAGGACCCUCUAGGUCCUAACUGCUACUAUGACAAAUCCAAAUCCUUCUUCGACAACAUCUCCUGUGAUGACUCCAGGAAAGCAUCUGAAAAAUCUGGAGUGUCGGGCUUUCAGAGGGAGCGGAGGCAAACCUGGGCGGAGGAGCGGAGGAUGAAUGCUGAGACCUUUGGCAUCCCACUGAGGCAGAAUCGUGGCCGUGGGGGCUACAGAGGCCGGGGGGGGCGGGGGUUCCGGGGGGGCCGGGGCCGUGCCGCCAGCCGAGGGUCCUUUGGGCCUUCGCGCGGCGCUGGUGGAUUUCGCGGCAGCUACAGAGGCAGCCGUGGCGGCAGGGAAUUCUCGGAUUUCGAGUACAGGAAGGACAAUAAAGUGGCUGCAUAGUGAUCCUGGGAGACGAACACAAAACGAAAUGUAGCUCUUCAAUGGUCCAUUUUUCCUUUUGACAAGAAGAAUGAAGAAAUGCAUUUGCUGCAUACCUGUCACCAGCACUGGAGUAGACUGCUUAACUUCAGAGUGUAAAUGCAGUUUCUUUUACAUUUCUAAAAAUGCUAUCUUUGAAAAUGUUUUGCUUUAUUUGGAAUAAUGAUGGAUGGAGAACUUGUGUAUAAAUACCAUACUUCAGUGGGACUUCAGUAUUUUUGCAUCAAUGAGCUUUUCUUACUAAAUCGUAUUUGAUAAUGUUCUGUUGGGUGUAAAAAUGUAUGCAGAGACCCGCCGAUGCUGUGAGAGUACUGAUCACUGAAAUAGCUUUUUGGUUUUUUUUUUUGGGAUAUAUCCUAUAAUGUAACCUUAGGAGCACCAAAUUCCUGUAUCCUGUAUAUAGCCAUUGGGGUCACAGUUGCAGGUCUUUGUGUUUUCUUAUUUCACUGACAUGAUAGACUGUUGUUAAAUCUACCAGCCACUUUUAGAGUUUACUGCCCUUCCAUGUAUGACAUCUGGCUUCGGUAUCCCUGGGUAAAUUAUUUGGACAUGGUGUGCACAGUGAACAGUACACUUCCCGCUGCGAGACUAUCAUCGAGCUGCCGGUGGAGAUUUCUGCAUUGUCCCCCUUUACUUUGGCUUGCUAUAUGUUAAUAUUGGUAAACUGCUGAUUUUCCACAAGAUCCAUCCAUACAGGCUGGUGAGGCCUUGGCGAGGCCAAGAAGCUCAGAAAUGCUUCCUGUGAGAUCAUUUCAGUUCUGCCAAAAUAACGAUAAUAAAAUUGGCUACCUUAAGGAUAGAGGUCUUUUUAAUAAGUGUUAUGAGCAAAUGUUCUGUAUAUUGUCACUAUCACAGAUACUGUGUGUUGAAGCUGGUUCAUGCUUUUAAUAGCACAGACAAUUCUAAAUUGAAUACAAACUGGACAUGUUGUCCAGCUGUUACCCAGUGAUUGACUAGCAUUGUUCUAUGUUAAUGUUCUGACUGAACCAUUCAGGAAAGUGACUUUAAAUUCCAUCUGGAUCUGACAUGAUUUGCUUUUCUGAGCUGACUGACAUCCUGUGCGGAUGAGUCUUGAGCUAUAGUUAAACCUCGCUUUCAACAUGUAAAGCUUUCCAUUGUAAUGUUUGAUAUUAGGUGUGUUUUUGGGUUUGAUUCCCCAUAUAACAGGCGUUUAGUGAGUACAGGUGAUCACUUUUUGCAUCUGUGUGCUUGGCAUCCAUCCACUAUAAGACUGGAUAGCUCUUUAUCAACAUCAUUUGGCUGCCUGCAUUAGAAGUUGAACAUUUUGGCAGAAGAAGCAUUGGUUGAUGUCUUGUAAUCUUGUUCAGUCUUAUGUAUUUUCCAUAAUAUUGAGUUAAAUACCUUCAGUUUAUUUUUACUUUAGAAUUAUAAAGAAUUCACUUGCCCAAUAUUACUACUUUUUUUUGCAACCUGUUAAGUGCUGUAGACCCGUAAACAGAGCAUCAAGGUCUGGUGUAGGUCUGGUGUAUUAAAGGGAUCCAAAGAUGGUGAAAGCGAGGUAUUUUCAAAUCGUUUCAGUGGGGAAUCAAGGAGUGGUUCAUUAUUGUGGCCAAUGGCUUAUAUAAAAUACUGAAGUUGAAGUGAAUUGACAGAUUUUUUUUUAAAGCACUACAAUAGGGUGGACCUAUGGGUGAGGUACAGGGCAGCUAAUGGAAAAAGCCACAAAAUCAUGACCCUGAAGAACUUGGGGUAACGAGGCAGACGCUGGAUUGUUUUGCAAUAAUUGUAAGUUACUGAAAUGUCCCAUGCUGAACCUGAGAUCUGUACAUAGUUCCCAUGCGUCAUCCUGUGACGAUUGAAAGGUCAGUUACUCCUAACCUCUGGAAUAACGGAACAGGUACUGUUCCACAACUCAAGCAAUUUAACAGCAUGGUGUACUUCCAGUGUGCCUCAGCGGACUGGGGUUUUUACUCAAAAAAAAUAAAAUAAAAAGUUGUUCAAUA